CGUUUCAAACAAUUCUGUCGGCGAGAGACGUUAUUAAUCAUAUUGGAAGGAAGAAAUAAUUAUCAAUUUAGUGGCUAAUUAAUAUCGUAUUCUCUUUGCACUUUGCUGAGCUUGAUUUCCGCUUCUGUGCAUGGAAAGCUGUCAUUUUUUUCCCUUAAAAAAACAAUGCUACUGUUGUUUUCCCUGCCAUUUAUAAGCAUUGGUUUUUAGUGUCAUUUACAUAAUCAAUGCGGAUAAUAAGCACCCAUACAAACUAUACUUGCAGAGAGCUCCCCUGUUUUUGUGGGUGCUUCCUCCUCUUCGUCUCCUCCUUACCCUGCUCCUUUUUUUCUCCAUCCUUCUGCUGCUGUUUUGUUCUUUUCCGGUGUUUGGGCUUCACCGUCUGUUCUUUGUCUCUUAGGUCAGUGACUGCUCCCAAGGCUUUUGUCCCAUGAAGAUGCUAGUGGCAUUGCUCUUGCUGCUGGCAUUUAGCAAUGCUGUCAAAACGAAGGGAGAAGAGAGUGAUGGACAGUGUGAUCACAAGCUGACGUUGGAGCCGAGACCACAUAGCGUGUCCAUCUUGGAGUUUGGUGCUGUGGGAGAUGGUAAAACAUUGAAUACCCUAGCCUUCCGGAAUGCCAUUUUCUAUCUCAAGUCCUUUGCUGAUAAGGGUGGUGCUCAGCUUUAUGUGCCACCGGGAAGGUGGCUUACAGGAAGCUUCAAUCUUACCAGCCACCUUACACUCUUCUUGGAAAAAGGUGCUGUCAUUCUUGGAUCUCAGGACCCAUCUCAUUGGGAAGUUGUUGAACCAUUACCAUCAUAUGGAAGAGGGAUGGAUCUUCCUGGAGGAAGAUAUCGAAGCUUGAUAAAUGGAUACAUGUUACACGACGUGGUGAUUACAGGUGAUAAUGGAACCAUUAAUGGGCAGGGCUCGGUUUGGUGGGAUUGGUAUAGUGGUCAUUCUUUGAAUUACAGCCGUCCUCAUCUUGUGGAGUUUAUAGCGUCUGAAUAUGUUGUAGUUUCAAAUCUUACUUUCUUGAAUGCCCCUGCAUAUAACAUCCAUCCAGUCUAUUGCAGUAAUGUGCAUGUUCUAAAUGUCUCCAUCUCUUCUCCUCCUGGUUCCCCCUACACUCUUGGCGUAGUCCCAGAUUCUUCUGAUAAUGUGUGCAUAGAGGAUUGUAUCAUUGACAUGGGCUAUGAUGCCAUUGCCCUCAAGAGUGGUUGGGAUGAGUAUGGCAUUGCUUAUGGGAGACCCACCACUAAUGUUCACAUCAGAAAGGUCCACCUAAAAUCAUAUUCAGGCUCUUCCCUUGCUUUUGGUAGUGAGAUGUCUGGUGGCAUUUCUGACGUGCAUGUUGAGCAGGUCCACCUGUACAACUCGUUUAGCGGCAUUGUGUUUAGAACCACCAAGGGCAGAGGUGGAUACAUCAAGAGAAUAAUUAUAUCAGAUGUUGAAAUGGAAAACAUCUACCUGGGAUUUGCUGCCACUGGUCAGUGCGGAUCCCAUCCAGACAACAACUAUGAUCCUAAUGCUCUCCCUGUUUUAGAUCAGAUGACCUUGAAGGAUGUGAUUGGAACAAAUAUCACAAUUGCUGGAAGCUUUACAGGGAUAGAAGAAUCUCCUUUUACUUCCAUUUGUCUAUUCAAUGUCUCCUUAUCGAUUAGUUCUGGAUCUCCUACUUCCUGGGUAUGUUCCAAUGUUUGUGGGUUUUCGGAGUCUGUGCUCCCCGAAGCUUGCCCUGACCUUCAGAGCUCAAAUCCAAAGCCUUCCUCAGCUUGCCUUUCCCUCCUGCAUGUAAAUGGAAAAGCCGCUUUCUUAUGAUACCAUCCCUCCAUUAGUCCAUACUACAAUCAUAUUUUUCAGCCCUACCUUACCAUGAGGAAAAAACUGAAAGUUCGUCUACCAUUUACCAUUUCAAGUUAGGCCACAUUCUUUCCAAUAAGUCACAUGUCUACACUAUUUUGUUUCUUCAUCCCCUAUAUUUGCAUUCAUGCAUGAUGCGAUGUGCAUCUUUUUUGUACAGCUUCAUUUCUUCAUUCAUGUGUAAGGAAAUUUUUGAUAGUAGCGGUGCAGAGGUAAUCCGAUGCUGUUAGUAGUGCAGUUUAAUUUCAUUGUAAAAUGUUUAUUUUAAUGUGGAGUGACAUAUCAAGUGAGAUGGAAAAUAUGAAAGGAAAAUUCUAGAGGAUCCAUGUGAGAUUGGAAUAAAGGGUUUUGGGUUAUCAUGGUUAAGAUAGAAUGUAUGAGUUUUUUCACUUUUUACUUCUGUAUUCCGUUAA